GGACCUGGAUUGCUGCCGAGGGAGCAAACCUGUUGGGGAGGUAUCUGCGUUGGAAAUUUGACACCAGGGAGAAGUGCCCAGGGGUCCGUUGUCAUGGCUGGGAACCGAGGAACCAUCCGGGGAGCGUCCCACUUCAGCGCCGAGGAGGAUGCUCACAAACUCCGCAAGGCUAUGAAAGGACUGGGAACGGACGAAGAUGCCAUUAUCGAAAUUCUGGUCCACAGGAAUCUGGCCCAACGGCAGGAGAUCAAGAUGACCUACAAAGCUUCUCUGGGCCGGGACCUAAUUGAUGACUUAAAAUCUGAGCUAAGUGGGAAGUUUGAGAAGGUUAUUGUUGGCCUGAUGACGCCCAUCACCCUGUACGACGUGGAGGAGCUGAAGAGAGCCAUGAAGGGGGCCGGGACCGAUGAAGGAUGUCUGAUAGAAAUCUUGGCUUCCCGGAACAACAUGGAAAUCCGUCGGAUUAACGAAACCUACAAACACCAGUAUGGGACUAAUCUUGAGGAAGAUAUAGUCUCCGACACGUCUUCCAUGUUCCGGAGAGUUCUGGUAUCCUUAGCAACAGGCAACAGAGAUGAGAGCAACUAUGUUGAUGAAGGCCUGGCCCGGCAAGACGCCCAGGCCCUUUAUGAAGCCGGGGAGCAAAGAUGGGGGACGGACGAAGCCCAGUUCAUGACCAUCCUGUGUACAAGAAACAGAAGCCACCUGUUGAGGGUGUUUGAUGAGUACACCAGGAUUGCUGGCAAGGAUAUUACAGAAAGCAUUAAAUCUGAGAUGUCGGGAGAUCUUGAGGAUGCCUUGUUAGCAAUUGUAAAAUGCAUGAGAAAUAAGACGGCCUAUUUCGCUGAAAGGCUCUACAAGUCCAUGAAGGGUUUAGGGACCGAUGAUGACACGCUCAUCCGAGUGAUGGUGUCCCGUUGCGAGAUUGACAUGAUUGAUAUUAAGGCAGAGUUCAAGCGGAUGUACGGGAAAUCUCUCUACUCCUUCAUUAAGGGAGACACUUCAGGGGACUACAGGAAGGUCCUACUCCAUCUCUGCGGUGGGGAAGACUAAAAACCCAAGCUAAACUUCUGCCUUACUCCACAGUCCAGGCUGCGCAUCUGGCACUCCCUGAAAGAAAUCCUCAAGGAGUAAUGCUUCUACGGGUCUCGAAAAGGCGCCACGAAUGCAUUGUGCUAACACUGAUUUUGCUUGCUAGAAUUGCUGUUUAAAUACAUUUGAAAAGAAUUUAGCAUUGCUUGGGACUAGGGGCCUCAAAGGCAAUACAGAAUCAACACUAGCAUUUUUUCGAAUUAUUUUUGUAUCCUGCUUUCAGCUCUGCAGAAAGGUUUCUUACUAAAAAUUGGGGAGUUUUGAGUCUCUUGCAUCUCCUUUUAAGUGGGAUGAAUUCCCCACACAUUUCAGUUUUGAUGGGAUUGCAACCAGCCGCCUUCUGCUAUCCGUGCAGCCGAAUGACAAAACCAGCCUUUGUUAUUCUGCCUCCACUUGGCCCUACAAUAAUUGCUAUCUUGAUCGCAUCUGACCCCUCACGGGUCCUGACUCCUACAUCCCGUUCCCCAAAGAGGAAAACUAGUCCAAUGAGGUUCAGAGCUAGACGACUGGACCGAGAGAAGGAUCUUAAUUUGCACACUUGACAUUGACACGGGAACUCAGGCUGCUUGGAUAGACAUUUUGGAGGCUGUGCCAAUUAUGGAAAUUCAGGCAGAUUUACCUUUGCCUGGGGUUUUGUUAGUGGAGUGGGCAUAGUUUCCCACUUGUGUUGAGUAACUCAUGUUGCUUCCUAUGAUGCAGUCAUUAACAGCAGGUUCAGCCAGAUGGAAAGGACGCCACCUUCUAUCCAAUUUUUAGAAGGUUAAGAGAACCUGAAAUGGGAUGGGAGAUGCUUUUAGGGGAUGACGUCCCUCCUGCUCCAGGGUUAGGCAGCAGGCUGCUGGCCAAUGGUUAUUCCCCAAAGGAGAAAAAUUCUAUCACCUCUAUGAAAUCUUAUGCGUGCAGAGCAGAUCACAUAUAUCCACCUGCUAAAGUAACAUGUGUAUAAUUAUGCUUAAGCUGGAAAUGAUGUCAUUGUGCUGGAAAAUGCUUCAAAUAUUCUACUACUGCAAGGUAUUGGGCAUUCAAAAGCUGUAAUUUCUCUUGUUUACAUACACUCAGCUGACAACAGAAACCCUUUUGUGCCUUUCUUACAAUGUAUGAGAAGUGAAGAUGGGCGGAAAAAAGUGAGACAUAUGAGUGAUGGAUUUUUUAAAAAAUUAAAGUUGUGUGUCUAACUUCUCCUUCCAAAA